AUGCUCAUCAAAGAAACCCACGUUGACGUGCCGACAAAGGCGGGCGGCCAGGAUGGUACAAUGCGCAUAUACAUUUUCCAUCCAACCAUUCCCGGGUAUCCGAAUGCCAGAUUUCCAGGCGUUGCAGUCUUUAGCGAGAUUUAUCAAGUCACCGGCCCCGUAGCCAGAUUUGCAAGACAAAUUGCUGGCCAGGGAUAUAUUUGCGCUGCUCCAUCGAGCUACCAUGAAUUCACGGGUCCCGAGCCUCUCAAAUAUGAUGCCGAGGAUACGGACAAGGGCAAUUUAUGGAAGAUCUCAAAGAAAGUAGCAGCAUACGACGAAGAUGCCUCCCUGUCUGUAGACUACCUCCUUUCUCUACCAACAUGCAAUGGUCGCAUAGGGGCAACAGGAAUGUGUCUCGGAGGCCAUUUGGCAUAUCGAUGUGCACUUGAUCAGAGAGUGAAGGCUGCUGUGUGCUACUUCGCUACUGAUAUUCAUAGUGCAACUCUGGGGGAGGGUAAGAAUGAUGAUAGUCUGGCGCGUGCCGCGGAUAUUAAGGGGGAAUUGAUCAUGAUAUUUGGCAAGAAUGACAACCAUGUCCCACCAGAAGGACGUGACUUGAUCCGAAAGACUCUUCACGAAAAGGGUGUUCUAUUCAGCUUUUAUGAGGUAGCAUGGGCUCAGCAUGCCUUUAUCCGCGAUGAGCUCAGCAAGGGUCGUUAUGAUCCAGCCAUUUCGAAAAGCUGUUUUGAAAUGCUUCUUGAAUUGUUCAAUCGGACUUUGAAGCUGGAUUUGGGUGAUCACGAUGGCAAGAAAAUUGAGAUAGAGGAUGUGUGCUAG